ACACACACACACACACACUCUCCGCGCUCGCAGCUAGAGCCGAGCCGAGGCAGGCGCGGGGAACAUGGCGUUGAGCCGGCCGGGGACCUUGCCGGGCUCCGGGGAGGCGCCCGGUUCUUUUUUCCCGGGGAAGCUGCUCCUCCUGGCCUCCGCUUGGCUCUUGCUCAGCCCCGGCUCUGCUUCGUUGGAGCGCCGGGGCCCCGUGGUGUUGGGCAUGAGGCUGGAGCGCACCGACCGGCCGCUGGGCGAACCGGUAGAGCCGGAGGAAGCCGGCGUGCUGCAAGUGCAAGAAGGCGCCGAGAUCUUGCUGCGCCUCUACGGGCUGGGUUUGAGCCCCCGCGCUUACCAGGCGGUCUACUUCGCCGAAGCCGGCCUUAACGCCACUCGGUCUCCCCGGGACCCCAACGCCACUUGCCCGGAGAAGAGCCAGGAUUUGGUGGUCCACGCCCACGCCGGCCCCAGCCGCCCCACUUCGGCCCUGGUCGGCGUCCGAGUCCAGCGGCUGCGCAAAGCCGAGCGCUCCAAGCUCUACGUCCUCUGCGCCCGGAGCGAUCCUAACCGGCCUUGGCUGCGCCUGGAAGGGGAGGAUGCCUUCCUGCGGGUGGUGGAGGAGAAGCAGCGUUUGCUCCCGCUCUGGCUCCAGAUCUUGCUCCUGGUGACCCUGUUGGUCCUCUCCGGCAUGUUCAGCGGGCUCAACUUGGGCUUGAUGGCGCUGGAUCCUAUGGAGCUGCGCAUCGUCCAGAACUGCGGCAGCGAGACGGAGAAGCGCUACGCCCGCAAGAUUGAGCCCAUCCGCCGCAAGGGCAACUACCUGCUCUGCUCCCUCCUGCUGGGCAACGUCUUGGUCAACACCACCCUCACCAUCCUCCUGGAUGACCUGAUAGGAUCCGGUUUGGUAGCCGUCAUCGCGUCCACCUCCGGUAUCGUCAUCUUCGGGGAGAUCGUGCCGCAAGCGCUCUGCUCCCGCCACGGUUUGGCCGUGGGAGCCAACACCAUCGUCUUGACCAAGAUCUUCAUGCUCUUGACCUUCCCCAUUUCCUACCCGGUCAGCAAGAUCCUAGACUUUAUGUUGGGUCAAGAAAUCGGCACCGUCUACAACCGGGAGAAGCUGGUGGAGAUGCUGAAGAUCACGGAACCGUACAACGAUCUGGUCAAGGAGGAGCUGAACAUGAUCCAGGGAGCCCUGGAGCUUCGGACCAAGACGGUGGAGGACGUCAUGACCCCAAUUCACGACUGCUUCAUGAUCAACAGUGACACUGUCUUGGAUUUCAACACCAUGUCGGAAAUCAUGGAAAGCGGCUACACCCGUAUCCCGGUCUUUGAAGAAGAGCGGUCCAACAUUGUGGAUAUCCUGUACAUCAAGGACUUGGCUUUUGUGGACCCCGAUGACUGCACCACCCUCAAGACGAUCACCAAGUUCUACAACCACCCUGUCCAUUUUGUCUUCCACGACACCAAGUUGGACGCCAUGCUGGAGGAAUUCAAAAAAGGUAAAUCACACCUGGCUAUUGUCCAGAAGGUGAACAACGAAGGUGAAGGGGACCCCUUCUAUGAAGUGUUGGGAUUGGUAACGCUGGAAGACGUCAUUGAGGAGAUCAUCAAAUCAGAAAUCCUGGAUGAAUCGGAUAUGUACACCGACAACCGCACUAAGAAGCGGGUGAGCCACAAGAAGGACAAGAAAGAUUUCUCCGCCUUCAAAGACAAUGACACGGAAUCCAAAGUGAAGAUCUCCCCGCAGCUGCUUCUGGCUGCUCAUCGCUUUCUCUCCACCGAGGUGACGCAGUUCACGCCUGCUUUCAUUUCGGAAAAGAUACUCUUGCGCCUUCUCAAGCAUCGGGAUGUCAUCAACGAACUGAAGUUCGACGAAGAGAACAAGAAGUGUCCCCGGCAUUUCCUCUUCAACCGGAACAAGCCCGCCGAUUUCUUCAUCCUCAUCCUUCAGGGCAAAGUGGAGGUAGAAGCUGGAAAAGAGAACAUGAAGUUUGAAACUGGGCCCUUCUCUUAUUACGGAGUGAUGGCUUUGAGUCCCAUUGUCACAACACCACCGGACAGAUCCCAGAACCAGUCGAUUAUACAGAGAGGAUCCUUGCAUUCCAAGCUGUCAGUUUCAGAAAUACGUUCUCCAUCUCAUAUGAGUAAUCUGAAUCGCUCAGCAUCUCUUUGCUACCACGAGCGCACCGAGUCGAUCUCAUCCAAUGUCAGUGGCAGCAACAACCAGGUUAAUGUCAUCGCGAGUUCCCAGAACCUGUCGGACUUCAGCGUCCGCGCUCUUACGGAUCUCCAGUAUGUCAAGAUCACGCGCCUCCAGUACCAAAACGGUCUCAUGGCCUCCCGCCUGGAGAGCUGCCCCCCAUCCCCCGACGGGAGCCCCCCCAAACAGGACCCCUCCUCGCCCGAAAAGGGGACCCCCCUCUCAACCAACGAGAUGAUUGGCCUCUUGAACGAAAGGAACUGCCAGCAUCAAAAGACGAACCACAACCCUUCCGACAACGUGGUCUGACCCCGGCAACGGGGCGGUUCGGCGCCCCCCCUCUCUGCCCCCCGCCCCCGGUCCAGCUGGCUUUCCUUUUUUUUUUUUUGUCCUUUCCAAAGACACGCAGAAGAUUCUGACCGUGCGUCUUAAUCAACCUCAGGUAGCAGCUUCCACCUGCGCUCUCUGGUACUGUUUCCGACUCGCCUGCUCUGCGUUCUGUUUUUAUUUUAUUUUUUUCUGCAGCCAGGUGACUUGGAGCCGAGCGGGGAAGCCAGCCUGCCAGCCAGCUUUUGGAAACCAAUUGUCCAGCCACCUAUUUCUAAGGGGGCAGCCCCUUUCCUGGGUCACCUGUCUGCAUCAAAGCGAGCUGGAUUAGCAGGAUGGGCAGAUCCUCCCCAUCUCUGUGCUGGUUUUUAACUCAACGGAGAAAGAAGGUGCAGCCGGGGGCGGCAGGGGGUACCUCGAAGAAGCUGCCUUUUUUUUUCCCCCAGAGCAUCCAGUUCCGGUUUCUUCCUUCCUCACCAGGGAAGGACGUCCUUCCAAAGCAGGAGGUGGUUCCAAAAGGCGCCACGGAGGAAAAAAAACAGGCUUACUGAGUUGCCAGCCACCCUGUUUUGAUAAGACAGACUUCGCUCUUCCCAUCUCAGGGAGUUCCGAGACUUUGUUAUUUGGGAUUAUCUAUUUUUCUCUUCCCCACCCCCCCAUCCCCUCUUUAAUCAAGCCAUCGGAGGUAUUUGAGAGCCAGGGAUAUGUGUCUGGCGAGGAGGAACCAGGCGGAGUUUCCCCGUGUUGGCAGAAUCUGUCCCUUCUCCUCCGUUUUUGGGAGAAGGUUGGUUUUCCUGAAUCAACCCAGGUUCUUCUUCCGGUCCGGCUUAGCUUUUUGGCCUCUGCUUCAAGGGACCCGAACCAAAUCGGCUGUGGGAUAAAGAAGAGGAGGAAGCCCAUUGAAAGUUGCGCCUGGUUGCAUUGCAGAUCAGUGCCUCCCUAACUAUUUCUUUAAGAAAAAAAAAAAAGCUGCUGCAAAUAGAAAACUUAACGUGGCGAGAUAAAUGUCGGGCAGAGGUACAGCUUUUUUCCUUCGAUGUACGUUCUUUCUACUUGCAGGGAGUUGUCUUACUUUGGGUUAAUCAUUCUCAUUUUGUUCUUCUUCUUUUUUUUUAACUUGGGGAAGAUUUAAACGAAUCCCCCUUCCGUUUUCCUGUCUCCAGAGGUACUGUUCGUUUUUGCCAACUCGAAACGGGGCUAUAGUUGUAUAUAGUCGGUCUCGGAUGUCCAGUUUCAAGGUACCCUCUGCAUUUGCAUGAGUUUCUGGCGCCAUCGGACUCGUGGGAUAAGUUUGCGGCGUUGUGGGGUUUGCAAAUUGAAGGCAAGAUUAAAAAUUGGAAGAUGGGAGUAACUGCAGCUGGGGGGGGGGGGAAGACCGCCGUUCCAGAUCUAAAUGUUCCAGACCAUCUUUUUGGAGAGGAUUCAAACACGUGGCUAUAAUUGUAGUAAUCAAUUCCAUUUUGUUAUAUAUUUAUAUUUUCCAACCUGACUUGGAGCCAACGUCCUCGGGCUGCCGAAUUGCUAUAGGACAACCGAGUGAAAUCAUUUGAUUAUUACAUUAUCCAAUGAUAAUGUCACCCUCUCGGUUUUUCUGCAGCUGUUUUUUUUUUUUUUUUUUGGUACAAUGAUUGUUUUCCACCGGUUAGAAUCCGAAUAGGAGCUCGGGUGGGUGGGGGCGCGUUCAUUUUCAGCGGCCAAAUAUCAUGCAAUCAUACCUUGACAUAUAAAAUCAUUGCAACCUAGGCCGGCGUGCGAUCUUGGGGGAACAACUUUGGAGGCAACUUCGAAAACAGCUUUUCGUAAACAAAGACGCCGAGCGCCAUCAGUGGAUCAAAGCCAGUAGGUCAUUUAAGGAUGUAUUCAUUGGAACAGGCGUUGCAUCCGGAAACCUCAGCGCAGCUGCAGUCGGUCCCCGUCCUGGCGGGUAUGAACCCUUGGGCCUUCAGCAGGUGUUGCAAACUUGAAAAGCAGAUGUUGAAUUGGCGAGUCAGCUCUUCAAGGCCGGAGAGCAGAUAUGAAUGUACGUGCGUUCAAUCCCUCCCCUCGUAAUCAGUCACCAUUCAGAAAGAUCUUUUCAAAUUUGCAAAGCCAUCCUGGAGAAACGGAACGGUUUGUGCAUUACGGUUGAACAUUUCCAUCUCUGUCUCUCUGCCGUCUUAAAUUCUCAUGCUUUCUCUGUUUUGUUUUGUUUUUUACGAAAGACAUCCCACUUUUCAUUUUUGCUUCCUCUGACCUUCUGGGGUUUUAAAUUCCUCCCCACACCCCCUUAUUGUCAAGGCCUCGGGCACAGCCUCUAUCCCAUUGGAGAACCUCCCCAGAUCUGUAAGGCUUCACUUCUUUUUUCCAUCCCUAGAUAAACGGGGCAUUAUGUGAAUUGUAAUGAAACACAUCUAGAGGGAAUUUGAUUCAAGAUGGCUGCCUACCAUACACUCCUUUUCUGAGUUGGAUGAGGUAUCCACUGACGUUAUGGAUACUUCUGUAUUAUUUUUGGGGGGUGACAAUAUAGAAGUGACUUCCCAUUGCAUUUUUCAAGAUUAUUUUUUUUUAAAAAAACUUGUCGGUCUAACUUGCAGCCUGGCAUUACCUUGUGGUGUCCUAUCCCAGCAUCACCAAGUUUGACCCUGUUUUAACUUGUUGAAAUCAAGCAAGGCUGGACAUGGAAAUCAUAAAUGUGUGUUGCUGGAUUAAAUGAUUUCUGUUUUGGCCCUCUUUCCCAGCUGAAUUCAAGUUUUCUGCUCAUCCUGCCCUACUCUUGGACGCCCUUGUCAUCUCAUGAAGAAACAAGCACACUAAUAAUACUACAAGAGUAAUAACGCUACAACGAUGCUAAUAGAUCCCAACUAUUACGUCGCCUGAGUCACCUAGCAACCUCUAGAUAAUUAAGAAUUUAAUUGGGAAACAAGAAAAUUAAAAUAACGAAGAACGUCGCGGCGCCUUGCUUAAAGAUUCAUGGCACUUUCUGCAUUUAUUGCAGAAGUGGGGAUUCUCCAGAGCCUCGACAAAUUCUGAGCACGGUUUGAUCACUCUUAAAAGGGAUUCAUCGAGCGGAGAGUUUUCCUACGUAAAGGGAAAAGUUUAAAAAUUAAUUAACGACAUCUUGCACAACAGAAGAGCAGCCAACAGAAUUGUGUGCUAUGGGGAAUACUCUAUCCAGCUUGACAUACCUCUCCUGCUCCGAGGUUGCCCGUCGCAUCUCUGUGCGAUUCCUACUUCAGGUGUUUCUCGUGCAGGAACUCGCGCAGAGAGACCGAGGAUGGGUUUUGCUCUCUCUCGCUUGUGUUCGUGGGUUUAUUUGGCGUGCCAGUUUUUAUUUCGUAACUCAGGAUCAUCAAGGUGCAGCUCUGCAUCCAUAGGGAGAGAUAACCUGCAAAUCGAUGCAAGUACAACAGGUAACCUCUUAUAGGCCCGGUGCAGCUCAGAAGCACCGAAAAAAGGCUUCCGUUUGCGAUGAACAAAAACCAGAAAUUUUUAAGCAUCCAGGGCUGCUGUGUGCAGGCCGACGUUGCAAAGAGGGAAAUUCUUGGGGGUUCUUUUUUGAGCUUUUUAAACUAAGUCUACUAUAUAGAGCUUAAAAUACUAUGCAUUUUAGCGAUGGCGGUUCAUGCUGCCCGUUUGCACAACUGCCAUUAAAAGAGAUUCCAGAGGAGAUUUGAAUUGGGGAGGGGGGGAGGAAACCCUUUUUUCUGGAAUCCCCCCCCCUCCCCAAAUCAUCUGGCAUUACAAUGUUGAGAAUUUCCAUCUCCGUUCUUGGAGAUGUGGAAAGUUCUCCUUUUAACCAGGCCACACAAUACCACAAUCGGGUGAGCUUCAGCCGGUUCAGACCGGUUCGGGAGAACCGGAUGCUAAUUUUACAUCUGGUUCGCCGAACCGGUAGUUGCAAGAACCAGCUGGUCCCACCCACCUUGCCCCUCCCAGGAGCCUCCACACGUCCCGAGGCUCUGGGAGGGUGAAAAAUGGGCCUUCUGGAAGUCCGGAAACGCACCCGUUUCCGGCCUCCAGAGCCUGGGGGAGGCCUUUCUCGCCCUCCUGCAGGCUCAAGCCUCCGGAGCCUGGGGAGGGCAAAAACGCAUUUCCGCUGUGGUGCAGGAGGCCGAGUUGGCCACUCCCCCACGGCCAUGCCCACCCAGCAACUGGGCAGAGAAUCUGUUGCUAACAUUUUUCAAUCCCACCCCUUGACCAUGAUGGGGAAACAAAAAGACUUAACAGCCUGAAGCUGCGUUCUUGGCAAUCUGAAGAUAAAAGCAAGAGAAUGUAAGCUUGAUGAUUUUGCUCCCGGCUGAAGUGUCCAUUGGAAGUAGAAUUUAUGAUCUAAUUAAAUGGUGCAGCUGGAGGAAGUACGGGUACUACUUCGUUAGCUUCGUUAGCAUGUGUCUGUCGCAAGGAAGCCCACUCUGCCCAAGUGCAUAAGGAAAGAAAAAACGAUAGAUGUCAGGCUUUAGCUACGUUGAGCCUCAGCUGUGGGAGUUUUACUCUUCAGUUUGGAGAAGCCAGACCGUAAAACCCAGUGGGUCUUCCAAGAUAAAAGCAUGAAUAAUUUGGAAGCUGCUUCUCGUCCUCCUAAAAUCGGCCAUUGGUUUAGGGCAGAAACAAACGGAUGCCUUUGGGUACCUUACAUUCAGGUGGAAAGUCAAGUUCAGAAUAUGUCCCAUUUUAGAUGGGGAACAUGAAGUGUGAGCAUGAUUCUAGUUUUCCACAAGCCGAACCUAAGGUCAGAAAUUCCACUCGGCAAAAUUAGUCCUACCCUUAAUAGCCGCUUGACCCAAGCAUGAUGGCCAGGUGUCAAUUUAGGCUUUAUGCCUUUUGCAACAUACAUUCCUAAAACAGCUAGGUUCAGAGUUAAGUGAGAAAGAAGCAGUGAUGCUCAAUUUCACUUCAACCCGCAGGCUACCUCUUCAACCAACUGUAUUCUCUGCCUGGGAGCUUUCUCACGAACCACGCGAUUGCUCCCAACACUUUUCUGAAUGUCAAGGCAGAAGAACGACCUUGUUUUAACCUUGGCAAUUUUGAAAGACCUGGGGGACUUCAACUCCCAGAAUUCCCCAUUGCUGGCUGGAGAAUUCUGGGCAGUUGAAGUCCAACAAGUCUUCAAAGUUGGACGCCCCUGACUUAAAGCCAGUCCCAAGAAAGGGAGGAUGCGUUUGCGUUGAAUUAAGAUCCUUUCUACUGCAUUCUUUUCUAGAUGCAGGAUUCUGUUUUUCUUUUUUUUAAAAUACCUUUUUUCGGGGUGAAAAAGGACCCGCUGUCUUUAUCUAUUUCUUUUCUGCCAGACUUCUGUUGCCAUCCUUUGCUAUGUGAAGUUAGCUGAGCAGAAUUGGAUUUUGAGUUGGGUUUGGUCCUAGCAAUACUUGAUUCUGGAAUUUAGGAGGAGAGAAACUUCUCUUCCUCUUGUCAUUUUAAAACAAGCCAACUAUGCAGGAGAGGUAGCUGGACCUACAACCGGAGAUGGACCCCUUAUCCAUGUUCCUUUCUCCCUUGCAGGGAUAUUAAAAAUGGACUUUUGCGCUUUCAAACAGCUUUAAUUGGACGAUACGUGUGUUUCCUUUGAAUGUAGCUUUUUGUCUGAUCUUUAAACAUUUUUGGUUGCGAGUGUGGAAUCUCUUAUUUCCCUUUUUAAAACUAUUGAUGUUAUUAUUAUUCCUACGGAAAAAGCACAGUGGUUUCUCAACCUUUGCCCCUUUGUGGGUGACCUAAUGUAAUUUAUUGUCUUUGUUUCUGAUUUUAAAAUACAAACACUAAGCUUUAAGAUUCUAGCUUCCUUGGUGGGAAGAUAACGCUGUAAAAGAAAGAUAAAAAUAAAAUGGAUACCAAAUCAAA